AUGGUGUAUCAGGUGGUACUUUUAUCGAACGUUGGCUUUUACCUGGGAAAAAUGCUGGCUGAGAAUAAAAACACUACAGCAGUAAUAGGAACACUUAUGGCGUUGGCGACGAAACGAGUGCGAGACACUGGCAGACAGUUAGCAGGAAGUGAAUGCGCCGAACGUCUGCUGGAGUUGUUCUUUUCCGAUGAGGUUCGUGGAGCAAAGGAACUGCUCGUACUACUAUGUGAGGGUUCAACGGACAUGAGAGACAGGAUGGGAGAGGCUCGUGCUAUCCAAAGAGUUGUUGAAUCAGCCGACAACAGUGCGCCCAACUGUAAACUAGUGGCUGCCUUUGCGCAGGAAGCAUGGGGUCGUGCCGCACUUCGAGAGUCUGGUGCUCUGGAUUUCCUCAUCUCGCGACUAGCGUCAACUCCUUCAAACUCCAAUGAUCGCCUGGCGAUUGUCCAACCCCUUCGUCAUUUCGUUCAUGACACAAAUGGAAUGGCAUUCUUGGCUCGGAAUCGGGUAUUUGUAGACACCGUCGUAAAAGAUGUGACAGAAUUCAUUGCUGAAUACAAGGUAGUUUGUGAGCCGGAAACUAUUUCCGACGAGGAUGAAUUUCGCUCUGAUAGUCCGCUGCUGAUGGAGAUCGAGUCGACUUUACAGAAGAAGAGUGAUUUUGUCGAAGAUGGAGAUUCACGUGAUUCACGACUUCAUAAGGACUACUCCUCUCUCUGGGCGUACUCGACACCUUCCCCAAAUCGUUCUUCCUUCAGCUCUCCGAUGUAUAGUCCUCUCUCCAGUGGUGCAGGAAGUCCUGUAUCAGCAUCUAGCAGUAGCCCGUUCGCGAGUCCAUUCUCCCGUCAAAGAACAGCCAGCGAAUCAACAUCAGAAGUACCAGAUUUGGAUUCUUCUUUAGGAAAUUCAGAAGCUCGGCAAAAGCGUACGACGCGCUGUGGUAGCGGACUUGCGGAGAAGUGGUGGAUACACAUAAUCGAGAGCGAGCUUUGGUUACUCACUUGGCAGGCGCAGGAAGAUGCUAACUUGCCCUACCUUUGCAGAGACGACGUUGUGAACGCCGUCUUAUCCUACCUAGCUCUCGCCCCUUCACCUGACUAUCGAAUAGGAAGAGUACUCCGUCGCCUGGCUUGCUCACGUCCUUCUAUUGACUCUUUGCUUUCGAUGCAAUUUCACACAAGAGUACUUCAUACCCUGUGCAUGGCGCCCUGUAGAGUAGUUCGUUAUGCGAAACGCUGUGGUCGCUGUGAAAGAGCUGCUGAGUUUGGAAGGGAAAUACUAAGAGAAUUCGCCGGCCAUGUGGAUAGCGACUUCGGAAAUUCCUUCCUUAUCAAACGACUCUCCAACGAGGAUUUUACAACACGUGUGGUUGCUGCCAUAGCUAAGGUGGCUUUAAUUAGGGAUCGUUUUCGGCUUGGACGAAUAUCAUCUGGUUUUCUACCAGCUCUUGAUCUACUUUUCGAAUCCUUACAUUCACUUCUUGUUAGGGAUGAUUUUCUGGAAAUUUGUGACGAAUCUACUUACUCUGACGGACCACCAUUAUGUGCUCAGAUAGUGGGUGCCAUUUCUACUCUCGUUGCGCCGCAACGACUACGAGAAGUUUUGGAUAUAGACAGCCCAGUUCGCCCACGAGAGCGCGGCGAGUGUAUAGUUGAAAAAUGUGAAGAUACUCAAAUGGAGAUGCUAACAUUUGAAAACCAAGAUGGAGAGCUUCUCGCUCAUGUUCCCAUGGAUGCUGUAUGCGAGAGUAGUCAGUACUUCAAGGGCAUGUUCACUUCGGAUCUGCAGGAAAAAUCUACCAAACGAAGAAUUUUCGUAUUCUCUGCUGAAGAGGAACAAUGCUGUGCUGAAGAUUUCAUUCGCUUCUUGCAUCAUAUUUCUGGAUGUCGAGCUCAAUGUUCCUCCAUUCAAUCGGCGCAGACAUGUGUGGCUCUGAUUAAAUUGUCCGAUCGCUACCUUUGCUCUUCAUUGUCGGAGUACGUGAGUAGCCCGCAUGGUCCAGCUCGUCGACUUUUGAACGGCGAGACACUUCCUGAUUUUCUUCCUGGUGUGCUAACAGCUCAAACUCAUGAAAGGCUAGUCGCGAUGUGUCUUCUCACGUUGAUACGAUAUUGCUCCAGUUCUCAGAUUAUCGCUGCUCUGCGACCAGUGUCCCAAUCCUCUUUAUUGGUGGACUUACUCACUGAACACAUGAAGGCUAUGACAUCAGUGUGA